CGGAGUCGAACGGAAAUAGUCCGCGCGAUGAAUCUACCUCGAGCGAGCCGACAAGUGAGCCCAGGGACGAAAGGGGGAAAAACAAGAGGAGAAAGACGGCAGGUGGGCGCUAUUGCGCCACAUUCGAUCGUAGGUGUGUGCUCCUCUUCAACUUCUCGGCGACGAACGUGUAUCGUGUCGAACGCGCACGUGGUGCCCGGCUAAACUAUGUGUUCAUCCUGCGAAUAUCACGCGGCGCGUAAUGACAUAUGUGUCAGCGCGUCAGCGUAAUUACAGUAGCGACAUUGUCAUCGGCAAGUCGCGGAACGAGCAAGCGGGAAAGAAAGAAAGACAGACGAACACCGUACGCUCGUUUGCCGCCUUGCGCACAGCGCACGUUCCAUGGACGCCUGCUGCCGCCGCCGCCGCCGCCACUGCUGCUGUCGUGGCGGCGGCGUUUCCUGCCUGUCCAUGGCGCACUGGGGACCCGGCGUUAGUAUCCACGUCGUAGCUGGUUGGGACACACCGGGAGUGAAGAGAGAUCGGGAUCCGACCGUGGGGUUCUCGAUAGCUCGUGAGCCUCGAACAAAAUCACAUUGCCAGGAUGCCUCGGGUAAGGAGACAAGUGGUUCUGGAAGAUCCAACUGGGCCUGUUACGCCGGAUAUGACAGAAACAAAGUUGUUAAAAUCCGAGUUCCUGGACGAUGGAUCCUUGGACGAGGUCCAGAAGUCGGUGGAGGAGACACCGAGUCCUCAUUUACAGGAUCACCAAUAUGGACAGACACCUUCCUAUCAAGUGACCAGGAAACCCCCGCAACCACCUCCGCGAGCUGAGAUAUCAAUUCAGGCGGUAAAAAGAAGACUGAAUCUGGAAGUAACAACGACCGGUCCCAGCCAGCCAGCGUUCAAGGCUCCCAGAGGCAAACGCAGAAGAUCCGGCUCGAAUUCUCUGGCCGGUCACACGCCUACCAAAAGUAAAACUGUAGAGAGGACACGGUACGACACGUCGUUGAGCUUGCUCACGAAGAAGUUCAUCCACUUGGUCGAGAGCAGUCAGGACGGGGUGGUGGACUUGAAUGUGGCGUCUGAGAAGCUGGAGGUACAAAAGCGUCGUAUAUACGACAUUACUAAUGUCUUAGAGGGCAUCGGUAUCUUAGAGAAGAAAAGUAAAAACAAUAUCCAGUGGAAAGGCGGUCAGUUACCGAACGAACGGAACGACAUCGCCGAUCUCAGGAGGGAGGUCGCGGACCUGGAAGCGAAGGAGAACACUUUGGAUCGAUUAAUCCACGGUGCAAAUAAGAAUCUUCGCGAACUCUGCACUGACAGGAAAUACGCUUAUGUAACGUAUCACGAUUUACGUUCAGUCCCAAUGUACAAAGAGCAAGCUAUUAUGGCUGUGAAAGCACCGCCGGAAGCGACCCUCCACGUUCCGCAACCCACGAAUAAUCUUGGCCAACAAAAGCUUCAGAUGCACAUGAGGUCGUCCCACGGGGAGAUAGAGGUGUUUCUGUGUCCUGACGACCCCGGAGUCAAAACGUCACCCUAUUCCGGAUACGCGACAACGCAGUCCGUGGUGCCUCAAUCAAAAGAAUCCGACACACCCACUUCUUUGCCCCCUGAACUGUUGAUUAAUAGAGAUGGCGACGUGCGAGUCGAGCCAGUACCUUCCGACGAAAGUUCUCUGAACGCUCGCUUGUGCACCCCCAUCAUAUCUUCAGUUAACAGUUUAUCGAGUAUGAAGGACGCGUUCCUCUGCGAAUCCGACGAUUAUGGACCAAUGGGCGGCGGCAAGUUCCAACUUCAAACGGAGGACCAAAUCGGCACUUCAGAUCUGGAUUUAUUCGAUUUCGGAGAACAGUUGCUGGCUUUGGAACCGCCGCUUUCCGAGAACGACUACUCGUUUUCAUUAGGCAUUGAGGAGGGUAUCGCGGAUUUGUUCGAUUUUAAACUCUAGGAAUAUCACAUCGUCGUCGCCAUUAGCAACGUAAGAGAGCAUUCUCGUCUCUUUGGACCGUCACUCUGAGUUCGCCUCCCUGAUGCUCGAACGGACGGAGAAGCCGUUUCGUCAGAUUUUUAAUGCGUCUUCACGUCACACACGAUAGGACAACAGAGUUGAUCAUUUCGUUGCGUGCGUCGAUCUUUCCUCGAUGAAUCGCGCGAUGUGUGAUGUCGCUCUUAUUUAUUUUACCGUUUCUCUCCGAGCGGUUUAUAUUCUCGCGUUUUAUGUACGGUUAACGUUGAUGGAAGAACGACAAAGUGAAGUGACUCAGUGAGGGAAAUGCGCGACGAAAUUUCGUAUAUUUUCGAUUUCUACGGUCGAUUGUAAAUAGAAAUAAACUAAUGAAUAAGCGAGAUAGUUUAUUUCCGUUUGUAAAUGAUUUUACCGAUUGGUCCGAAUUAUUAUAGAUCUCGUGUUUACGAGAGAGAAUGAACUGUGUGCUGAGGUAUUUUAACGCGCUCUUAUAUUUACGUUCUUUUAUUGCACGUGCGUAUAUGUCUCGGGAUGUCUCGCGAUAUCAUUUCAUUACGGCUUGUUGCGGGGAUCGCAAGCUCUCCAGAUAUGGAUAAACCGAAUCGCGAGGCACAGGAAAAACAUAUCACGGAAUUAUUGGCACGUGUUUCCGGUUUGAUACGGUCUCGGUGUCGAUUACGUUUGUGUAAAAUGAGUGGCGAAGACUCCGGAGGGAAAGAGAGACAGAAGGAGCGAAGGCGCUUUAUCCGUGCAAUCUUUAAUACUAGAAAUUCUACUAAGUGAUAGAGGAGCGUAUAUUCGCGCCGGGAACAUAGAAAGAGAGACGAUGAGAGAGAGAGAGAGAGAGAGAGAGAAUAUGUGUGCGCGUGUAUGUGCGUGCGUGCGUGGUUGUAUGUAUGUGAGGGAGAGAGAGAGAAGGAGAGAAUGUAAAAGACAGGAGAGACUGCGUCAGACAACGACCAAAUUGUUUUUCGCUAAUCGUGAAACGAGAACGAGGCAGUCGAGAAUCGUCAUUAAGGCUCGACUCCCUUCGCUAGCCAUGUUGGUUUUGUAACAUCAUAGGCGGGAAAUGACGUGCAAUAAGUUUCUUGAAAGAAACUUUCUGUAUGUCAUUUCUCGCUUCUGACGUCAUAAAACAAUAUGACCGUCCGAGGGGUAACCGAGCCUUAAGAGAGAAAGAGAGAAAAGUUCUCUCUGAACUGAAAUUUCGACGGCAAGAUUAGCUUCCUUUCCGAUCUUUCGACGUCGCGAACACGGAGACGAACUCAAAAUGUGCAAGGAGCGGAAACCACACGGACGAAUGCGAUUUUGGAUUAUAUGUCGUGACGCAACGCGCCAUUCGGUAAUCGCGCUCGGCGUCCAGACGAUCAUCAUCCAAAAUCCAUCUAUUCGGUACGCAGUACUACUUUGAACCUGAUCGCGGGGGGUUUUCACAGAGAGACGUUCUUUUCUAGUGGACACUUGAAUUCUGUCGCGCGCGCCGCGCCGGAGAUGUUUCACCGAAUGAGACUCGCGCGCGAAGUUGCCUCCUUUCGUUCCUCGAGAGCUCAAGGAUACACUGGGGAAAUUAUCUCGUCUGGAAGUCCCUUAAGGAUGUACCCUAACGUACAACUUUAGUGUACGUCCAAAGCCAUAGUGCCUACAAAAUAAUGAUCAUACCCUUCUGCAAUUGUAAAUACUUUACAAGCGUAAUUAUACAAAUAUAAGCACACGCACACAACACACACACACACGCAACAGACAGGCAUACACACAUACACGUAC